UUGUGCUGCUGUGUGGAGAUGAUCUUCCCCCCCCACCAUGGCCUCCAAGGAAAGUGACCCCCAGGCUGCCAUCCCUGAGCCCCAGGUGCAGGAGCAGCAGGUGCCUGCAGAGACCAAAGAUCUGGUGGCUACUGCAGUUGAGGAGACCAAGGAUGCUGUCUGCAGCACAGUCACUGGGGCCAAGGCUGCAGUGUCCAGCAUGGUGGACGUGGCCAAAGGGGCAGUCCAGGAGGGCAUGGAGAUGACAAGAUCUGCAGUGAGCAGCAGCAUGGAUGCUGUAAUAGGCUCAUCCCUGGGCCAGCAGGUUGCAAGUGGCCUGGACAUGGUGCUUGGGAAGUCAGAGCAGUGGGUGGACCACUACCUCCCCGUGGCAGAUGAAGAGCUGGCUGCACUUGCCACCUCUGUGGAAGGGGCAGAGGUGGCUCCACUGGAGCAGCAGAAGCAGCAGCAGAGCUACUAUGUGCGCUUGGGCUCCCUCUCCACAAGCCUGCAGCAGCGAGCCUACCAGCACUCCCUGGUCAAGAUGAGGCGUGCCAGGCAGAGUGCCCUGGAGGCCCUGGCCCAGCUGCAGCAAGCUGUGGAUGUGAUUGGCUCUGCCAAGCAGACUGGGGAUCAGACAGUGCACGACAGCCGGGAGCAGUUGAAGCAGCUGUGGCUGGGGUGGGGC